AUGUCUCCAUAUCAGUUGGUUUAUGUUAAGGCUUGUCAUUUGCCCGUUGAGUUAGAACACAAAGCAUUGUGGGAAUUGAAAGCUUUAAAUUUGGACUGGUCAAAAACUUCAAGGGAGAGAGCAGAGCAGCUGAAUGAACUGGAUGAAUUUAGACUCAGAUCAUAUGAAAGUUCAGCCAUCUAUAAAGAGAAGAUGAAGAAAUGGUAUGAUGCUCGGAUACUCAAGCGAGACCUCAAGUUCAUCAAUGGUGCCAUAGAAGUUGAAGAUCAGGAAGGACCUCCAUUUACAGUGAACGGUCAAUGUCUGAAAUUGUAUCUGGGGGAUUGUGAAGAGAUUUUGUUGGUUGAAGUGGUGAAAGUAUGCGAAGUGUUUGAAAAAUUGAAGGAUGGCAAACAAUAG